AUGUGGUCGUCGUUCUGGGUCACCCUGGAAUUCGCGUUCAUUCCGAACCCCUCCCCGGCGAUUCUCUACUUCGACAGCGCCGUGUGUCUCGUCUUUAUCGCCAAUAUCGGCGUCACCUUUAAAGCAGCCAUUCGCUCCAGCAAGACCCUUCGCCUCGUGACGUCGAGGAAAGCGAUCGCCACGCGAUACGCGAAAGGCGGUCUGCUAUUCGACGUUCUGUCGUCCAUUCCGCUCAACAUGAUUUAUUUCUGGGCUACCGGUCAGCCCGCUUCCGGAGCCCUUGGCUAUGUCAUUCGGGGUCUUCCUUGCCUGCGGCUGUACCGAAUCGCGCACUUCUAUCGCGAUCUCUCCGCGCUUGGGAUGGCCGGCCCCUCGGUGUAUUUCAGCAUUCGCAUUUUCAAGCUUGUGCUGAAUAUCCUACUGGCGUCGCACUUCUUCGCCGUGGCCUACUUCUUCCUCACUCUCAUGGAGCCCGACCCGGAAAACACCUGGAUUGGCCAAGGCAUCGGCCCGGACUGGCCCGAGCAGUCCGUGUUCCUGCAAUACGUGGCGGCGCUGUGGUGGUCCAUCUUCGUCAUCACCAGCAUCGGCCCCGCCUACACCUCCGUCACCACAGCUGAGCAGAUCUUCAGCUGCUUCUACGCGCUCUUCGGCAUGGCCACUCUUGCGUACACCCUGGGCACGCUGACUCUGCUGUUGGUCAAGCAAUCCAGCAAGACCAUGGAAUACCACGAGGACAUGGCGGCGCUCAAGGCCUAUGUCGCCCGCACCAACCUACCUGCGGACGUGGAGCGGCAGCUGAAGCAGCAGCUGCGCGUGCAGCUGCACAUGCACAAGUCCGACGCCUCCUCCUUCCUCUCUAGCAUCCCCCACCACCUGCGCGUCACCGUCUCCCGCCAGCUCUACCUCCCCAUCGUCGAAAACCUCGAAGGCUUCCGCCUCUGCUCCAAGCCCUUUCUCAACCAGCUGGUGGCAGAGAUGGAGGUGGACACAAUCAUGCGCAACGACAUUGUCACAUCUGAGGGCGAUGUAUCAACCCAUCUCUACAUUGUACUCUCUGGCAAACUCGUCCGUGAGGACGGACCAGCAUCAGCCCUUCAGAGCGGGUUCUCCUCCUUCCUGACGGCGGGGUCGGUGUUUGGCAAGACAGCGGUGAUGUGCGACGUGCCGCAGCUCUUCACAGUGCGAGCGUUGGAGCACAGCCAGCUGCUGCGCCUCUCCAAGUCCGCCUUCACCACCAUCGCCAGAGCCUACCCUGCCGACUCUGCUCUCCUCUACUCCGCCCUCAAGCAGAAAAUCGACGGCCCAGAUGUUCUCACGCGCACGCCCUCGGAGAUCGCAGUCUCGCAGGGCCUGGCGCGCUCACCGCCCUCGUGGAAGGCCCUCGGCGCCACCCCAAAGGAGCCAGCUCAGGGCAAGGGUGCUGCUGCCCCGGUGGUGCUGGAGUCUGUAGCUGUGGACAGUGGGAACUCUGAUCAGGUUGAGAGUGUGUGCGCCGCUGCUUCUGCUGGCCAUGUGGACCAGUUGAACGAGCUGCUCUCAGCUGCCCCUUCCCUCGCCCACUGCAGUGACUACAAUGGCCGCACCCCCCUGCAUGUGGCAGCCGCCCAUGGCCAUGUCAGCUGCAUCAACGCCAUUCUGCAGCGCAAUGGCGUCGAUGUGAAUGCACUUGAUCGCAAUGGCGCCACCCCUGUCCUCGAGGCAGUGAAGAACGGUCAGAGCAAGGCAGCAGAGGCACUGCAGGCAGCAGGAGCUGCUCUCCUCCUCAAGGACCCGGGGGCCACCCUCUGCCGCCUUGCUGCAUCCGCAGCUACAGAGGCCAGCAGCAGCAAGAGCGGUGGCAGCAACGUGCAGUAUUUGGAGCGGCUCCUGGCGGCAGGAGCAGACGUGAAUGCGCAGGACCAUGCCGGUUGCACUGCUCUGCACGUUGCAUGUGCCAACAGCAGCGUCGCUGUUGCCAAGCUGCUCAUGGCAAAUGGUGCAAACCCCCAUCUGGAGGACAUGAGUGGCAACACUGCAUAUGAUCUCGCCAGCUCUGCAGGCUCCCCUGACCUGCUGAGCGUGCUCGAGAACUGA